GUAAAAUCCAAUAAUUUAAAAAAAAAUGUUUGUAUAUUUAAUAAUAACAACAAGUGUGCUUAUUUUGGACUAUGCAAAUGGUCAUGGAAAUUUAAUGAAUCCACCGAGCAGAAAUUCUUUAUGGCGAUUUGAUAAACAAGCACCAAUUAAUUAUGAUGAUAAUGGCCUUAAUUGUGGAGGUUUAGAUGUACAACAUAAUCAUAACAAAGGAAAAUGUGGACUUUGUGGUGAUAGUUUUAGCUUACCUACUCCAAGACCAAAUGAAGAUGGUGGCAAAUUUGGGACAGGUACAAUUGCUGCCAUAUAUAAUCCAGGAGAUAAUAUAACCACAAUGGUUCGAAUAACAGCAAAUCACAAAGGCUACUUUAAAUUUAGUUUAUGUAAUCUGGACGAAGCAGAAGUUGAGUCCGAAGAAUGUUUUAAACCAUUAAAAACCUCAACUGGCGAAGAUGUUUAUCAAUUAAAACAAUUUCUUCCAGGAAUUUUUAAACCUCAAAUACAAUUACCAAACGACGUUUUAUGUGAACAUUGCGUUUUUCGAUGGACUUGGACUUCAGGUAAUAAUUGGGGCACUUGUUCAGAUGGUACUCAAGCUGUUGGAUGCGGUCCACAAGAAACUUUUGUUAAUUGUGCAGAUAUUGCUAUCUUUCCAAAACUCUUUGAUCAAAAUUAACUUCUGUACUCUUUGCCUGAUGCACCCAAUUUCUCAGAAUAUAAGACGCUUAUUAUCUUACAAAAAUGUUAAAAAACAUGUUGAAAAUGUUUAAAAAUAAUUAU